AUGGCUGAGCAACAGCCCGUUGCUCCACCGCCUACAUCACCUACUGAGCCUGUCACCCUACUCGCACAACGGGGCUCCCUACAACUCAGUCUGGAGCAACCCCAAAACGGUGCUGAGUACGUGUUGUCGACCCUUGAUAAGGUGACGAACUGGGCUAGGCAGGGGUCGAUGUGGCCAAUGACGUUUGGUCUUGCUUGCUGCGCUGUCGAGAUGAUGCACAUGGCUGCAGCUCGAUACGACCAGGAUAGGUUGGGCGUUGUUUUCCGUGCAAGUCCACGACAGAGUGACAUCAUGAUCGUGGCCGGGACUCUAACAAACAAGAUGGCGCCUGCACUCCGAAAGGUGUAUGACCAAAUGCCUGAGCCUCGAUGGGUGAUUUCCAUGGGAUCAUGUGCAAAUGGUGGUGGUUACUAUCACUAUUCUUAUUCUGUCGUCCGCGGGUGUGACCGUAUUGUGCCUGUGGAUAUCUAUGUUCCGGGAUGCCCACCUACCGCAGAGGCACUAUUGUAUGGGAUGCUACAGCUACAGCGGAAGAUGCGGCGGAGUCGGAAAGGAGUUUUAUGGUACCGCAAGUAAGAUGGCUGUUGUAAUAGAGUAUCCAUGUAGUGUUUCCCAGUGUUUCACGGGAAUCCUGGCAUGUUAACCGAAUAAUCAUGAGGUGACGGCAACUUGUGUUGCUCG